AUGGAGGCCUUGGGCCCCGGGGGCGGACGCGUCUCCCCCGCCUCGUCCACGCGCAGCCUGGACCUGCGGCGGCUGUCGGUGCGCGCCGACUCGGCCUACAGCUCCUUCUCCGCGGCCUCGGGCGGCGCCGAGCCGCGCACGCCAUCCCCGGAGGCCGAGCUGCUGCCCUACCUGGACUGGGACUACGUGCGGGUGGUGUGGGGCGGCCCGGCCCCGGCCCCGGCCCCGGCCCCCGCCCUCCGCGCCUCCCCGCAGCCCCGGCCCGCGGCCGCCGCGCGCAACGGGCCGCGCGCCCCGCAGGUCCCCGCGGGGCCGGGGCCGGGGCCGCUCAGCCCGCAGGCCACCCCGCUGCUGUUCGCGCUGGCGGCCGAGGCGGAGGCCGCGGUGCGGGCCGCUGAGCCGCCCAGCCCGCCGGCCUCGCGGGCCGCCUACCGCCAGCGGCUGCAGGGCGCGCAGCGGCGCGUGCUGCGGGAGACGUCCUUCCAGCGCAAGGAGCUCCGCAUGAGCCUGCCGGCCCGCCUGCGCCCCGCCGCCCCCGCGCGGCCCCCCGCGGCGCACCCGCGCUCCGCCUCGCUGGGCCACGGGGAAGGGGAGGCGGCGCGCCCCGGGGCCCCCGCGCCUGGAACGGCCGGCCCGGGCCGCCUCGCCCACCCCAACCGGCAGCAACAGCAGUGGUGCCUCUGGGAGCCGGGGGAGCCGGACGGCCCGGGUCCGGGCGCUGGGAUGGCCGGGGAUUGCUCCAGCUUUGGCCUCGCCAUGCCUGAGACCCCGGAAUGGCAGCAUCAGGCGGGGGCAGGGUUCGAAGGCCAUCAGAUCAGAUGGCUGAGAGGCACGGAGGACCCCGAGCCCCUCUCCUGGAAGCUGGACGACGAUGACCACACCUACAGGCCUGCUCCAAGGACUCAGAGCGCCGCGCCAGGGGAAGCCGCGGGCCCCUGGGGAGUCCAGGCUGUUCUUCAAGGAGCAGAGCCCAGAGCCUUGUUUCAGGCCACACAUCCCAGGUUCCUGACUCAGAAGGCUGCUGCCGUGGUGUGUCCCUCAGAGGGCGCCCAGAGCCGGCCUGCUGACGGUGAGCUCCGAGUCCCGGAGGCCCACGUGGUGUGUGCCCGGCUCCCUUCCCUCCCCGACGAUGAGGUCUUCCUGGAAGAAGCCCCGCUGGUCAGCGUGAGGGCGCCUCCAGACUCCCAUGCCCUGCCCGGGCUCCCGGCCAGUGUUCGUGCCUCUGACCCACACCAUGGAGCCGGCUGGGGCCAAAGGCCUGGCGGGGCUCCAGCACCCCCAGAGCACCCCCUACAUGGGCGCCUGGAGACUGCAGAGACAGGUGACUGCUGGUCCACAGGCUGCCGUUCCCCUGGGACUGCAAAUGGUGACAUCCCAACCGCCGACUCCGCUGGACUGCUGACGACGGAUUUCCGGGCAGUGGGGGAGAGUGACUCCCUCACACCUCUCCCCGCCGAUGCCCCGGGACCCCCAGGCAGGGAUACCCCAGGGCCCCCCGAUGACACGGCCUCGGCCUGGGGCACGGUCCAGCCUGGGUCCAAGCCAACGUGGCCGAGUCCACGCCUGGAGCAGCUGGUUCAGGAGCUUGCCAGACUGGAUCCCUCUCUGAGCGACUCUCUCACAUCCUAUCCCAGCCCAGAGCCGCCACUGGACCUGCUGGACGGGCUGAUUCCGUUAGCCGAGGUCCGGGCCGCCAUGAGACCAGCCCGUGGCAGGGCCGGCGAGGAGGCUGCUGGCGUUUCUGAGCCGGGCUCCACCCGGGUCCUGCCAACUUCUCAGGAAGAAACGAGGCCUGAACACCUCACCCCUCACCCUGUGUCUGACCGGCCAUGUGGCCAGGGUCCGCCUGAGCCAAGCAGCAUCCACGCUAAGAAAGCGGAGCUGGCGGACUUCCUCCAGAAGAUGCUGCGGGGCCUUCAGGCGGAGCAGGAGCAGCUGCAGGGGACGGCCCAGACCUGGGCCAGGCGCGGGGCUGCGCUGGAGGCCGCGGUGGGCCAGGCCUGUGCCCCCCGCGAGCUGGAGCGGUUCAGCCGGUUCAUGGCCGACCUGGAGCGGGUGCUUGGCCUCCUGCUGCUGCUGGGCAGUCGCCUGGCUCGCGUGCACCGGGCCCUGGCUCGCACAGGAGCACACGCAGACCCUGAGGAGCAGGCCUGUCUGCUGCAGCGACUGGGGCUCCUGCAGCGGCAGCAGGAGGACGCCAGGGAGCUGAAGGAGCACGUGGCGCGGCGUGAGCGGGCCCUGCGGGAAGUGCUGGUGCGGGCACUGCCCGCCGGGGAGCUGCGGGCCUACUGUGCGCUCCUGGCCGGCAAGGCCGCCGUCCUGGCCCGGCAGCGCAGCUUGGACGAGCGGGUGCGGCUCCUUCAGGACCAGCUGGAUGCUGUCAAGAGCAGCCUCGGCCAUCAACCCCCGUCUCCCAGGCCGGCCUCUUCCCCAGGGACCCGGCCUCCGGAUACACCGCCCUUCUCCCCUCUGCUCAUUUAG